GUCUCGUCCGCAGUUUCCGUAUGUGAAACCGACAUGGACACGUAAAGUCUAUCGCCAGUUCCACCCCAUCGGCGGCUUGAUCCUGAUGACUGACUGCACCGCCGGCUUUCGGAAGUAGCCACGGGUUUCUAGAGCGAAAGGCACAAUGAUGCGGUUUAUGCUGCUGUUCAGCCGCCAGGGGAAGCUCCGGCUGCAGAAGUGGUACAUGGCCACAGCCGAGAGGGAGAAGAAGAAGAUGGUGAGGGAACUCAUGCAGAUCGUCCUGGCCCGAAAACCAAAGAUGUGCAGCUUCCUGGAGUGGAGAGACCUUAAGAUCGUCUACAAGAGAUAUGCCAGUUUGUAUUUCUGCUGUGCGAUAGAAGAACAGGACAAUGAGCUCAUCACGCUGGAGGUCAUCCAUCGCUUUGUGGAGCUCCUGGACAAAUACUUUGGCAGUGUGUGUGAACUAGACAUCAUCUUUAAUUUUGAGAAGGCCUACUUCAUCCUGGACGAGUUCCUGAUGGGAGGAGAGAUCCAGGACACAUCUAAAAAAAGUGUCCUCAAAGCCAUCGAGCAGUCUGAUCUACUACAGGAGGAGGAUGAGUCACCGCGCAGUGUGCUGGAGGAGAUGGGCCUGGCAUAGGGCCACAGCCUGACUCCUGCUCACCCACGGACGAGGCACUAAACCCGGACUCUAACACCAGGAGAGACAGGAGCCACGUGGAGGUACUGCUCUGCUCCUGUCCCGCUCCUGUUCCUCUCGUGUUCUGCUCCUGCUCGUGUGCGCUCGCAGAGGGAGCGCUCUGAAUGUCAACUGUCCUCAAAAGGGAGUGACCACCUCUGCAGACGAGGACAGGUCCAAACACCUACUGCAUCUUUAAAGGAGAGAGUUUUACGAGUCAGGGAUGGGAAUUGGUACCAGUUCAUUUUAUCUACGUUAAAGGUGCAUGUAACUUUCCUGCUAGAGUUUACCACCUACUUGUCUCAUAUAAGGGUCAGUGCUUUGCCCGGAAUGUUCCACAGUAUGGCAUUAAACAGUAUUGUAUUUACUCGGUUCUGGGUGCUUUUAAAGUUCAAAAAUCUUUAAAAAUUUUCCAUAGAUCUGACCUGUAACUGCUGGCACAUCUUGCUCAAGUGUAAAGUCAUAGUGCAGAACCCUCCAGGCAGAGCUGUACUGUUUCCAUGGCGACAAGAAAGUGGCAGACACUCAAUCCAGAAAAGUUACAUAGCGAAUCUUUAAAUGGCCCAUAUGACGCAGUUUUCUGAUCUGUGUUAUAAUGUUGUUUUCUCGUCACAAACAGACCUGGAGUUGUGUUUUGUUUCAUUCACACACACACUGAGAUGAGUUUUUCUCUCAAACAGAAAACACUCCUCUCCGCAAUAAUACAGAAAGUGCUCCACUGUGUUUUUAAACUCCAUAUACCUAGAAUCAUUUGGAUGAUUUCAGCUCUGGAAUUGCCUAUUUCUACUGAACUAAAGGUAAAAGGUAGCCAUAUACUUAAAAACUACCACUUCAUGACAUCACAAGGUGGACCAGAGUAUUUUGAUGUUUGGAGAUGUAGACAGACUAAUAAUAAAUCGUUACUCAAAUGUGUGUGAAUGAAACAAACACAACUUCAGAUGUGUUUUUGAGGAGGUAACAACAUUAAAACAUGGCUUAAAGCUCACAAGAAUCCAUUUUCUGUAGUACAGGAUAGUUUUAUUUUUAUUUUAUUUAUCAGCAAUUAAUUUUUAUCAUGAAUAAUCAAUAAGUCGUAUCAAUUCCCAUCCCUAUUACAAUUUCAGUGCAAACAAGCUUCACUCUCGGCCGCUGCUCGGACAGUGCAAAUCUGUACAGAGCUCAAAGGUGAGGCAAAAACUAAAUCCUACUCCCCAUUGACAAUUCCCUUUUUUUGAAUUCUUUAGGUUACUGAAGAGACAUUUUGCAUAGACAAUUUUGACUAUGUGAGAUUUGAAUGGAUCAGUAAAUAAUGAUUGAAUCUCACAUUUAAAAGAGCUGUGCAUAAUUACUACUGUUUUAAAGGGCCUAUAUCUGUUUUUUUACACAUGUAUUUGAGCAAAACGUGUCUUGCCCCAGUACGGAUAUAUCGUACAAGCAGCUCAAAAUAUGUCCAGAACUCAUCUCAGUGAAUAAUUGGGAUUCCUCAGAUGCGUUAGGAAAGUGAAAGUAGUUUUUUUUUUUUUUUUUCACUUUUUAAGAUACUUGGUCUAUGUUCAGACUGCAGCCUGAAGUGACCCAAAUCUGAUUUUUUUUUUUUUAUUGAAUUGUUAGAAUUUUUUUGUUUGGAGGAUAAGCCCCUUGAGAUGUCUUGCCAUCUCAUUUUCAAGGGGGUCCUUAUAAAUACAACAACAAAAGACAGAUACAGUAGGGCAGACAGUAGGAUAAAUAAAUUCAAAUAAACAUCAAAACAACAAAAUCAACACAACUACAAUCACACACACACACACACACUCGACUGUUUGACAUAUAAUAAAACAAGUUUGAGGAAAAAAAGAAAACUAAAACAGAGUUCAAAGAUUAUCACAACAAGAUGAACAAACAACAAAAAUUCAACAAAAUAAUCAAAAACAAUGACAUGGGUUCUGUAAAUAUUGAACCAGAGCAUUUUUAAAUGAAGGGACAGAAGUUAAAGCACGAAUCGAAGAGGGAAGAUUGUGCCAAUCAGAAGGAGCUUUAUAUUUAAAUGAGUGUUUUCCUAUUUGUUUUGCCCCUAUGCUCCUGUAUCUGAUCUUUUAAUGACAGUCCGAACGACACAGAUCAGAUUUUUUCAAAUGCGACCCAGGCCACUUGGAUAUGUGGUCCUAAAACCGAUACAUAUCCGAUCUUUUGACAUGUGACUUCAGUCUGAACGGCCAGGUCACAUUCAUCCCACCUACACCAAUGUACACAAACGUUCUUCUCAUCAGAUGAAAAUUGUGUCUGAAUUCCGUGUCAGUGAAGCAGUGAAGCACUUAACAAUCCACCACUCUCAGCUGCGACUCUGCACACGUUUCUACGGACGUCGCUGCCACUGCCCCACAAAACGCCACGGCCAAAAACCUCGUCCUUCUCCUUCUUAAUCUCCUUAAAACAAAUCAAGCUGUACAUGUUCUGGCUCUGGUACGACAGCAGCUUUAAAAUCUCUAGGUACAGGGUGAGAAUUAUGUUCCCUCAGCCCUAUGUUCCCUCAUUUCUAAGAUUUUUCUCGAAGUGAAACUCAUAUUCAAGUCAUUUUUAUUUUAAUACCACAUUUAAAGGGAUGAUUCAGAGUCAUUUCAACCUAGGAUCCUUUACACCAUGACCUCUACAUUACAACUACUGCUGGAGAAUAGGUUGAGUGUAAUUGACUAACAAAUUGGGAGAAAUGGGGAUCAAAUCUGAUGCAAAUUGAUGAUAAAGGAAAGGUGGGAAAAGGUUAAAGGAACAAGGGGAUGUUUGAACAUAGGCACGCUCCCCUCAAUGUUAGUGUCCAUGUUUAGGCAACUUCCGUAAACCCUGAGCACAGUCGUCCUGUCCUCCAAUGCACAUGCGGGACACUUUUGGGCCAUUUAAAGUUCACACUGGAGAUCACACACAAGUCGCAUUUAAUCGGAAAUGUGAACGAGCUCGCAAAAAAAAUCUCAUUUCACAAAAAAAUCUGAAUUGAGCAUUAAGCCCUGCAGUCUGAACGUAGCCUUAAAAUCAGGUUCGGCUUCUUAAACUACGUGAAAAAAUAGAUCCAGUUCGCAGCGGCCGUUAAAGUCGCAGUAUAAUUCGUCUCAUUUUGGCCGUAAUAGCUGCUUUUUUAGGGUGAGACUCGUUUUAUUUUAAUACAUGAAAAAAAAAUCAGGUACAGCCCUUUUAAAAAUAUAUGCAUUUUUAAUUGAGUAUUUUAUUUUAUUUUUUUGACUAAUUAUUUUAAUGGCUAACAAUCAUGGUGUAGGCGGUUGGAGUGCAGAACUGGUCUGGUGGGUCCAUACAUAUAUUUGUGUGUUUUAGUUAUAGGCACCAUUUUGAGGACUUUUGCCCAGUAGAUCAUUUUAUUUAGAUAAAGACAUAUAUAUUUUGUUGGUUUUGAAUUGGCCACUGUUACUAUGGCAACCCUCUCCAUCCUUUAUCACUCUAGUAACCAUGGCUAUAAUGAAUUUUAGACUAUAUAGUGCCCAUGCUGACCUAGUGGCCUCUCUGGUUGAAAAUGCAUGUAUUCUGAUUUUGUAAAGGUAUUUUAUUACAGCUGCUUAUGAACAAAUUGUUAAAUAAUAGUUUGAGGUACUGUCCAGUGACGAAGGGGUGGUACAGGGAGAAAGUUCCGUAGGCUGCAUUCUCUCGACGUCACAACUAGGACUGGAUUUUACUGGAUUUUUGAGAUGGUUAUAUUCUUGUUUAGUCCUGCUUUGAUUUUUGGAAUUUGUCCUGUUUUAGAGCAUAGUCCUGGUUUAGUUCUGAAUAAGUCCUAGUUUUUUAGAUCCGGUUUUCUUCCGGUUAAAGCUGGGUGUACACUGUGUGAUUUUUGACUCUUUCUGAGCCAAUUUUUCACUCGUGCGACUGUUUUUAGGAUCGGGACGAGUUUUGGCUCAAUCGUGUGUCUUGCUGAACUGAUUAAUACUUCACGACCAGCUCCAAAUCGGCAAUCAUUGGUUGCAAGAAUAUCGUGAGGGUUUCGUCUGUUGAACUGGUUCGUUUAGUGUGAGAACCUGAAUCGUGAGCUGUGAAUUUUUAAACCCUGCGAUUUGGUCGUACAGUUUGAGCUGAAGCAGAGUGAAACGAUCGAAAAUAUCGCACAGUGUCCGUCCAGCUUAAAUCAUCUCAAAACUUCUGGGAAAGUCUGUGAUUUAGUCGUAGUUCUUAAGACUUGGGAUCUCUUCUCAUAAAGUCCAUUUUAUUUAAGUUAUCAUUAACAAAAUAAUGUAUUGUACUUGUGAAUCAAAGAUACUUCUGAGAUGGAACUCAGAUUGAAAAGUUUGUGAAUUUUGGAUCAAAAUUCUAAAUGGAAAAUGGCUGCAGUUAUCCUACCCAUGCAUUUAUGAAUGUAAUCCAGUUUUCAUUUUUUAAUUAGUUCACUCGCUUCUGUUCAUAUAUUUACUUUUUUGGACCUUUAAAAUUGUAUCUAAUAACACGUUUGCACUAUGAAUAAUAUGAUUCCUCACAACAUGUAAAGCUAGCCUUCCUGAUGGACAGUUUGUUACCUGCUUCUCUCCAUGAAGGUGUACUGACCUGGAAAGUUCCACAGUAUGGUAUUAAAUCUGGCAGUUAGUCAGCAGGCAUGUCUCAAAGCAAACAGUCACUUUUAUAAAAAUUGUAAAACAUAAAUUAAACAGUUGAGGAGAAGGGAUGAAGAAGACAAACUGAGUGUGAGGCUCUACAUCAGCCCACUCCCGCAUCCCGCUCACAAAUCCAAAGAGACUUGGAUGAAAGUUUGAAGUCAGGACUGGUGGAGUCAGAUCAUCCGGACGCCACCAGUGACGCAAGUCAGAAGGGCAACGCAACGAGCAUAUGCUGAACGACCAGAAUUAUUUUAAGAAUAAACAUUUACCGUUUUUGUGCACUAUAGAGCUCUCUGGAUUAUAACGCGCGCUGUCAUUGAAUGGUCUAUUUUUGAACUUUUUUCACAUAUAAACUGCACCAGACUAUAAAGCGCAUUAAACGAAACACAACAGUUAGAUAAAUCAGUCAAACUUUAUUUAACACGUUCACAAUAACUCUCAACUUUGUUCAGUUGUAACAUGUAAAAAAAUACUGUCUGAGACACUAAAUUGUUAGAAUAUUCACAAUAAGUCAUAAUUGUUCAAACACUUGGGUGAUUACGGCAUCCAGCACGUCCACAUCCCUCUCGUCAUUAUCCGAGUCAGUGCGGUUACUGUUACCUGGCAGUUCAGAGAUGAUUCCGGUCUUCCUGAAAGCUCAGACCACAGUUGAUAUUGAUCCUUAGCCCAGGCGUCCACAAUUCAUUGGUACGGUACUACGGGAGCCGUAUUGCUGCAAGUGGUGCGGCUUUGUAGUUUACGAAAGACACCCCAAUGAAUUCAUAUCUAAGGCGCUCUGGAUGAUAAGGCGCACAGUCGUUUUUUGAUGAAAUUAAAGGCUUUUAAGUGCGCCCUAUAGUGCGGAAAAUAUGGUACAUGAUCGAGGAAUAAAUUAAUUCAGCUUUAAAAUCAGAAUAAACCACACACUUAAUUCCUAAUGAAAACGAUUAUUUGGAAUUCAACUUAAUUCGGAAGUAAGUGUUUACAUGGUACUUUUUAAAGCAGAAUUCAUUUUUAGUCAGAAUUUUAUCAUUUUUAUUUAGAAUUAAAGCUCUCGUGGCAAGUGUGCAUCUAACAGUGAGGGCACAGACGGCUCCUUUAAUCAGAAAAUGGUGCCUACAGUUAGUUAUUAAGCGUAUUAUUAUGAAGGCAUAUUAGAUAUUGAAACACCAACAGAAAUCGCCGGUUACAAAGUAUAAACAUCAUCAAACAUUUUUCGCCCCAGAACUCGUCAUCCUCCUUUUUGACAACCCCAAUCUAGUUGCCCUAUCUAAACAAUACUUUGACAAUACUGUGACUGCCACCCAGGUUCAUACUGUGGAGCAAUCCAGGUGAAGCACUUACAUCUCUGAGCAGGCAAACAGGUUGACUCUUCACAAGAAAAGUUGCAUAGUGCACCUUUUAAAAGCAGCACACGGCAAAGCGCACCAGAGUAUAUUUGCUUAGCUUCCUUUGUCCUAUAAUAGAAUGUGAACAUGAAAUUCUAACUUACUCCUAGUUACUUCCAUCACCUGUUUUGAAUUGUGUAUCUCUUUAUAUCCUGCCUUUUACUGUAAUGUUGAUCUAUGCCGUUUGAAUGACCACACCUUUACGCCUUCACAUUUAAGCCUUCUAUUUGUUUUGUGCAUUACAACACUCAAAGGCACUGUACCUAUUUUUAGCAAGGCAUCAAAAACAGAACUAGUUUGUUUUAAACAGUUGGCAAAGUUCUUCUUCAGUUACUGUAUUUUUCAGACUAUAAGUCGCUCUCCGGAGUAGAAGUUGCAGCAGCCAAAAAAUCUGUAAUGAAGAAGAAAAAAACAUAGAUGUCGUACCGGACUAUAAGUGGCACUUUUUGUGGGAAAUGUAUUUUAUAAAAUCAGAGACCAGGAACCUACAACUUCUAGUAAUAACAAUAGAACAGAGAACAGACUGUUAACGUCACAUAUGAACAGGUCUUCAGAUAUCUAUAACAUAAACAACAGAACAGAACAAGUUUAACAAACUCUCCAUCUCACUCCAAAUCACUAAAUCCAUUCAAUUCUUCAUCCUCGCUGUCACUUCUGAACAACUCGGCCUCGACCUCCGCAGGUAAACAGAGCGCCGCUUCCUCUUCUGUGUCGCUGUCGUCAGACUCAGCAUCAGUUCCAGUUAGAAUUAUUCGGGUCUUUCUGAAUCCUGACAGGAUGGUUUCAGUGUCACUGAAGUCCAGGGUUUGUCCAUCCAUCCAGUGACUUCAGGAAAGUUUCAUGGUGCAUCCUCCCAGUGUCACAAGUUUCUCACUCACUCCAAACUUUCUUUCUGCUGCUCGAUUACCAUUUUCAUGUAUAUUCAGUGCAGUUGUCCUUAUAAGUUUGUUUGAAUGUUAAAUUGUUCAGUGGUGCAGAAGUAAUGGUGCGAUCGACUGACAUGAUACAAACAGGACAGUGGCUCUUUCUGCAGGAGACAUGUGCAGUAGAGUGAAGUGACAGUGGUACAGGAGGAACAGGAGCAGCAGAUACUCACACACAAGACUAGCGCGCCCUCUCUUGGCUGUCAGUGUGAACAUUUUAAUAUGUAAGUCACACCAGAGUAUAAGUCACAGAAGACACCCAAACCAUGAAAAAAAGUGCGACUUAUAGUCCAAAAAAUACAGAACCUUUUGAUUUCUGAACAUCCUAAUUGCUCACCACGAUAAGUUUCGAAGUGCUUUUCGCAAGAUUGGAGUUUUGCCAUAAACUUAAGACUAAGAGCAACUAACAUGCUAACAGUGCACUUCCUUAUAUUUUGAUGCAAACACUACUCAUCAGACGUAUUUUGACCAAGUACCUUGCUGUGCCUUGGCGAGGUACAUUUUGCUCCAAUGGUACAGGGCCUUUAAGCUGCUUAUUCACGAGAAUGGUCAGACAUAAAGAUAUUUUUUUUUAUUUUUAAUUUUUCCAGUCAACAUAUUAUCAAAAAAAUCCUAUAUCAGUUAUCGGUUGUGGCCCAGCCUUAACGAUAUUUUCCAAUAUCAGUUUGGAUUGUUAAAUAUCUACAGCAAUGCCACCAAAAUUGUUAAAGGGCCCCCAUGACGCUAUUAUGUGAUCUAUGUUGUAAUGUUUCUUCAGCACAAACAGACCUGGAGUUGAGUUUUGCUUCAUUCACACAUGUUUAGGCUCAGUUCUCUCAAAAAGAAAACACUCUGUUCCAACUUGUGAUGUCAUGUGGUGAUACAGGAAGUGCCCCAUGGACUUUUACUAGAAUCAUUUGGAUGAUUUCAACCCUGGAAUUGCCAAUCUCUACUGAACUAAAAGUAAAAAGGAGCGGGGGGUGGUCUGGCCUCUGGUUCUGGUUCUGGAGGAGUGGGAGUUGGUCCGGGCUCUGGUUCCGGAGGAGCGGGUGGUGGUCUGGGCUCUGGUUCUGGAGGAGUUGGGGGGGUAGUCCGGGCUCAGGCUCUGGUUCUGGAGGAGCGGGUGGUGGUCCUCUGGCUCUGGUUCUGGAGGAGCGGGUGGUGGUCCUCUGGCUCUGGUUCUGGAGGAGCGGGUGGUGGUCUAGCCUCUGGUUCUGGUUCUGGAGGAGGGUGGGUGGUCCAGGCUCGGGCUCUGGUUCUGUUGGAGAGGGGGGUGGGUCGGGCUUGGGCUCUGGUUCUGGAGGAGUGAGGGGUGGUCCGGGCUAUGGUUCUGAAGGAGUGUGGGCGGGGUAGUCUGGGUUCUGGUUCUGGAACUUAAAAACUACAACUUCAUGACUUCAUAAGAUGGAUUGGAGCAUUUUGAGCUUUGCUGGUGUGGACAGACUCAUAAUAAAGUGUUACUCAAACAUGUGUGAAUGAAACAAAACAACUCCAGGUCUGUUUUUGAUGAGGGAACAUUCUAACAUGUCUUAAACCUCACAAGAGUCCAUUUAGUGUAAUCUUGGACCUUUAAGUUUGCACGUUAAUUAUGACAAAGCGUAUCUGGGGUAAAGGCUAAUAUGAUUUUAUCAGAUCUUCUUUCAUGUCUUGUCUGUUUCCACUAACAUUCACUAGUCUGUUUAACACAGAGACUGGGGCAGCUUUGAAAAUAAUAUACUGCAAAUAUCGUGAUAUUUUUGUGGAUAUCUUGGGUAUUUUAUCUACUAAUACUGAUAAAAUAUAUUGUCUAUUCCAUAACACAUGCAAUUCUGCUCUGACUAUACUACAGAAAAGUCAUGGUGUACCAAGAACAGUUUGGUACAAAGACCUCAAGGGCUGGGAUACUUUCUGAAUGUGAAUAAUAGGUUCCAUUAUGGACAAAAAUGAAUCUCUUGAUAAUUUUUCAGAAUAAUGGUUGUGAAUGUUGUAGUGGUCUAGUUUUCUUAUAUCACAAAAUGUAAUUAUAAAUAAAUAAUGAAAUGAUUGUACUGUACAAAUGUGUAUAGAAUGCACCGCUAAAAACCACGCUAGCCAAUCAAAUGAUGGAGAGGUUAUCCAGUGCAGAGAGCAGAUGGAAUGUGAUAUUGAUGCUUUGAUGUGACAUCGCGCUGGGGGUGUUUUACAUGUCUCUCUAUUAAGGUUUUGCAUCUGCCGUAUUUUCUGGGCUAUUAGACGCGCUCCGCAAAACGAAAAACACCCACAGACACAUUCAUCACUCCACAAGGACGAGGAACGGAACGGAGGAACGAACCGAAAAAAGCGAGUGCAAUGUGCCACUUCUAGACACAACUGAACAACUGAGUCACUGUGAACACGCCAACAAUCCGUUGGUCCCAGACAGCACCCUCCCUACACAACACAACUGAACAAAGCCCAGACUCGUGAACGCGACAAACAAAGUCCGACUCACCCAUUCAAAUGUUUGUGCUUUCUUUAAAGUCUGGUGCAGUUUAUUUGUGCAAAAAAGUUUGAAAAUAGACCAUUUAAUGACAGUGCGCCUUAAAAUCCAGAGCGCCUAAUAGCCCGGAAAAUGCGGUAUGUUACAAAAGCUCGUAACCUGUUGUUUAUGCUGCCAUACUGGAGGUCAAACUAUCUAUCUGGACUAAAGUGUAGUAUUUGUGUGUGAUAAAAUAAGAAUAAUGCGCUGUACAGGCCGACAAGGAAUCGCCCCCUCAAUUUCCACCGCCCUUGAGACCUACGGUUCUGAUUUUGACGCCCCAUUCUAAUUCCCCUAGGAACAGAUGUGAUGGUUUGGUGAUCAACAAAGAUGUCACGCAUAACCCCUUGUAACUUUUCAGUUCUUGGUUGGUGUAGGACGAUGAAGAAUGAAUUAAGUAGUUAGAAAUAUCUGGAUAUUGGAGGUUGGGCACAGAGCGAGCGUCGGAAUUAGGGAUCUAUUCCACAACCCAGGAGGACGACUUUAGCGUUAUAUCUUUCUAAUGACGGCUGAUCUAAUGAGCUGGCAAUUUCGGACAGUUUUAUGUUGUUUGCGCUCUUUAAAGUAGCCAUGAUUAUAUUGUAGUAACUGAGUAACGCCUUCCGGAUCAACCCCAAUCGUGACCUCCAGUAUGGCCGCCAAAACAUUAAGUCACUGAACUGCCACAUCACACGCAAAUCCUUAAUAGUUGUUCAGCAGUAGACCUUUUUCACAACAUCUGGAAGCGAUGUAGGGUUGCGGAACUUCCCGUUAAUGGUUUUCUAUGGCAAAAUGUGUGUCGUAUUCUCCUGCAGCUUCAUAAAUCUGCCCCAUCACCAAAUCUUCAACCAACAAGCUCCACAAAGGAUAAACAUUCUGUCCAUGAAGAAUUUAUCCACAACUAUCAAGGGAAGAAAGACAAAAACUUAAAGGAGAACAACGACGACGCAUUAGUGACACACUGAACAAAACUAAUAUUAUGGUCAUGAAUUAAACAGAAGUAACUGAUUCUAGAAUUAAAAUUUGAAAAUCGAUUUCAUGAUUCACAUAGACCGAGAGAUUUGUGCAGUUCGAAUGCGAGACAUCUCUAGGACCAUAAGAUUCGUUUUGCUCAGUGGUUCAUUAAUGCGUCAUCGUUGUUCGCCUUUAAGCUUUCAUCUUUCUAUCAAUUCAAUCAGUAAAUAACUUGAUUGAUCCCAAAAUGCAAUUCAAUGUACACGUCUCUGAUCAUGCACAAUCCAUAAAUAAAUAAAAUAAAAAAGAAAAACGGAUACAUAAACACACGCCAUACAUUCAAACCUCAGUGCAUCAGGAACACAAUAGCACAUUAACUUUAUAUUUAAAAGCUUUAUGGCAGAAGGAAUAAAAGAUUUAGCGUCGCGGUUGGUCUUCUGUUGUUCGGUGACAUAUCCUCCCAGAGGACAUGGUUAGGCUGGCUCAGUAUGGCCUUAGUCUACGUUUAUAUGACGACGGUCUGAACAGAAGACGCAAAAGUGGCGUCGCGCCUUCACUUUAUAUUCCGCGUUUAGACAAGCUUUUUAGGAGGAAAUCUGCGUGCAUACGGUGACGCAAAAGUGUGUGGAAUUCGAUUGUGUACACAUGCCAGGUGGUUAGGUCAUAAUGUAUGUGACGUAAACGUGUCCGCGACCUGAGCAGAGUUUUGCGUCUUGGGCAGUGUAGACGGAAACGCUACGGCGGAGUGUAUUCAAUGUUUUCAGAUUUUUGCGUCUCUAUUCCCCAAAAACGCCGUCAGUGUCUAAACGAAAGGCACUUGUGAUAAAAUAUUUUGUCGUUUUUACUCACAAGCGUUCUCGUGCAAACAGGCCCUUAGUCUUUUGGAGCAUCCUUUGUGUCCACUAGGUAUGGGUAUCAUUAAGAAGUUGCUGAUACAAUACAUACCUCGAUACACAGGCCACGAUACGAUACAUAUCUCGAUACAGUGCACUUUCGGUUCGAUACGAUAUAUUUCAAUUCGAUUCGAUACAGUUCAAUAAAAAACAAAAGCUAAAUCAUGGCUCUGAUACUAAAAGUGUUUGUUAAACCACUUCUUGUGCCCAUUUUAAUCAUCAAAACAGUGAAAAUGUCAAAUGUGUCACAUAAAAAAAGAUUCCUUCCUCUGAACAAGCAACAAAACGGUAGUGCUGUAACAAAAUAAUUAGUGAAAAGAUACCCCAAAAUACUCUUGGCGAUAUAUCGAUACAGCUGCCCACGAUAUCGAUACUGUAUCAUCACAUUAAACCAUACAGUAUAUCGAUAUAUCAAUAUUUUUGCACAGCCCUAGUCUCCACACAGAGACCAAAUCCUCCAUCGAAACACACACACUCAUUUUGCCACACACUUAGAAGAAUGUUUAUCCUUUGUGGACCUUGUUGGUGAUGGGGCAGAUUUACGAAGCUGCCGGAGAAGACGCCAGAGAUUGACACAUACAUUUUGCAACCGAUAACCAUCAACCAGAAGUUCCCCAAACCUACAGCUCAGCACUUCCGGAUGUUGUGAAAAAAGUCUGUUACUACGGUGACACAAUGCACACAUUAGCACACACUGUCAAAAAGUUUUAAGGGUGUCUGAAAACUCAAGAGAAAACAUAAAACGGAUUUAAACAACGUAUUUUCAGGAUCAGUCCGAGCGUUCGUGGUCCCGUUUAGGUGUUUGGUUUUCAAAAAGGCGAGAGUGACCGACUUAACUUAUUCGAAAGGGCGUGCACAAAUCAUGUCACCUUUUGUAUUUCCAGUUAAGUCGGUUCUUUCUGGUCAAAACAAAACUCGGAUUAGUCUAACUUAGAGUAACAGCGCUUUUGACAGAGCAGUGCUUUCAGUUAACAUCACACCCCCAGGCAGCGUUGACGACAUCAGCUUCAAAAUAUCAACGUAACAGACCUAUUUUCAACUAUUUUCAAUAUUUAUUUUCAACAUUCGAGAAUUUCUUUUCACUUGUGGUUUAGCUAUUUUGGCUGUGGAAGAAAAAUCCUUUUUCCAUCGACCUUUCGAAAGGUCUAAUUUCAAAUUUUCUAACCGUAUUCAUGACAAAAACAUGAAAUUAAGAGGAAUUUUGCUUCCAAUUUUAGAACACAACUUUCUGAAAAUACCUUAUUGUGCUUUUUAUUGCUAUUUACAAGGGGAGACAUGUCAGAAUUGAAAGUUGUUUGUUUUUUUGGUUUGGUUUGGAGCCUCUGCUGACGUAUAUAAAGUGCCCUGUGUGGAAUAAUGAACUAUGCUGUGUAAAUGUAUCGACCAAUGGAACCAGUGUAAUUGAACUGAAGUGUGAAUGUAAUUUUAUACCUAAUAAACUUUUGAAAUGA